CUGACAGCAAGUUUUGCUCUUGCAGUGUCAGUUAUGGUUGUGCAUGACACAGUUUUGAAAUCCCAGCAGGCUGGAUACUCCUCUUUUGCUUUCUGGAAUAGGUAGCAGUUGUGGCUGGGAUGCAGCAAGACUGGGUCACUGAACUGGAGGCAGUGGGGCCUUAGAGCUAUCACUCAGUCCUUCAGAUGGGGGAUCAAACUCUUCCUUUGGAAAAUGACUGUGGGACUGCUGCUGGUGAUUCAUUCUGCACAAUAGUUAAUGUUUGAGUGACUCUUUUGCAUGGUUUAAUGGAAUGUGGAGAUGCACUGAGACACUACACUUAGCUUUGUUGUUUCAUGCCCAAACAUGUCCAGAGACAUCUGAUAUCGGCAUCAGUGAAUUUACAUGGACUGGGAAUACAAGUUUGGUUUGGGUUUGUUUCAGUGCAGUUCCUAUCUCCAUCUGAUGCUCAGUGCCUCUCCACAAGGUUUUCAGUUGCUGCAGUCCAGCGAUUCAGUGGCUGCGUGCAUCAGAAGGGAGGGAUCUCUGAACUCCUUAUACACUCUGAGGCUGUGUUUACAAAGCUCACGUGGAUUAAUGUGCCCUGUGGUUUUUAACACCUUAUUACCUGCCACUGUGUAAUGGGAGAUGGCAGGAGCUCAGCAGGCUUGACAGCAUGACGGCUCUUGUGCUUGAUGACCCUUUCAGAGUCCAGGGAGGGGCUGGUUUGUGGAAUUAUUACUUUCAUCUUUGCCUUUGGUGUUCUAAGAAGAGUUAUGCAAUCUGGUCCAAAAACCCAGGAGGGAAGAAGGGACUUUGGGACCUCUACCUCUUCCCAUUCAGCAGUGUGUGGGGCAUGAUCCUGCUUACCUGAUGCUUUUGUAGCUGGGCUGCUGCCCAGCUUUCUGUCAUCUCCUGUCUUUCAGAGAAUGGCAGGCUUCCAGUCCUCAACUCAAUCACUCAAGUUAAACUGGUACAGGCCUUUAACAUAGUUGCUUUUUAAAUCGGUUAAUCCCCUUAGCUCGCAUUGGUAAAUCGCUGAGUUAAGAUCAACUGAUCAGAUGCAUGUUCAAUCAGAUUAGGGCUGUUUACAUCAGCAGUUUGCACCAGUUUCACUAAGUCUGUGCAGUCAAACCAGUGAGGCCCUUUUCUGUGCAGGUGGGGCUUUUUGGAAGAAGUGAUUGGAUUCACUUUCCUGGUUCAGGUUCUGCAGUGGAGUUAGUGCUGUAUAAUAAAGCUGCUUUUCAGUAUGGUUUCCAGGUUCCAGAAAAGGGUAUCUUCAGAAAGGGGGUGGUGAACCUCUUUCCUGAGGGUGGCAUCAUUUCCUGUAGGUAUGAUGCUGGCUUUCAAUUUCUUUCUGUAGGUGAAGGAAGGAUUUGUCAUCCUCAUCUUUGAUACAUCAUUAAUCUUUGACACCACCUUUGCAUAAUGAUAUUAAUAGGGAAAUUUGAUGUUUUGUGGUAUUUGCUAAAUAACUGUAGCAAAAUUUUCUUUUACAAUGUUCUAUGUGUGCUGCAGUGCAUGCCAUAAAAUCCAGGGCAGCAAUGAGCUAUUUGUUACUGGAAGCUUUAACAAAGGCAACCAGUUGUAAAGUCUGGAAUUUCCUUCUUACACACCUGAAGAGGUCAGGGCUGAAGUCCUCUCAUGGUGUUAGCAGUAAUGAAGACUUGUUCUGCUUGGAUGAAUGUUUUGGCAAUAGACAGAUAGUUUUGUUCCUGGCUGUGCUAAUCUUGUACCUUUAACACAGUUUGUUAAAAUACUGUGUUUCAAGAGCAUAAACAUCGAUAAAACAAAGCCAAUUGUCCCUUGGAAUAAAUAAGGAAACAAACUCUUGAAGCUCGUUUGUUAUGCAGCUUGUAAUGGAUUUGGAGAGUUAACAGCUUCAGUAGUUGAACUCUGCCUCUUUUGUAUUUGUGUUUUUUCCACAGGUACUUCCUUUCUGACUUUCAGUGGCAGAGAGAAACUAAAGACCUUGAAGAAAGACGCCUGCGGCCCCUUGCUUGGCAGUAACAAUGCUGCAGCGAUGAGAUUAUAGUGAGCCCUUCCUGUGUGGCCUCCAUGGGUCCCACUCAACUCAGCACACAGGAUCAUGGGAAGAGGGUGGCAAGUGUAUUUGAGAUGGAGGAGGAAGGGCUUUCACUCUUACCUGGCUCAGAAAACCCCCCUGAGCAAGCAGAAAAUCCCCCCCUGAAGCGGAAGAAGGGCCCAGCGCCGAAGAUGCUGGGCAAUGAGGUGUGCAGUGUGUGUGGGGACAAGGCCUCAGGCUUCCACUACAACGUGCUGAGCUGUGAAGGCUGCAAGGGCUUCUUCCGCCGCAGCGUCAUCAAGGGUGCGCAGUACGUCUGCAAGAACGGUGGCAAGUGUGAGAUGGACAUGUACAUGCGGCGCAAGUGCCAGGAGUGCCGGCUGCGCAAGUGCCAGGAGGCAGGAAUGCGGGAGCAGUAUGUUCUGUCUGAAGAACAGAUCCGACUGAAGAAAAUGAAGAAGCAGGAAGAUGAUCAGGCUCGGACAGUGGUGGUGCGUCCAAACCCUCCGAAUCCGCCAAGCCCUUCCCACAAGCUGACCCCUGAACAGCUGAGCAUGAUAAAGAAGCUGGUGGCUGCUCAGCAGCAGUGCAACCAACGCUCAUUCACUGACAGGCUCAAAGUGACGCCAUGGCCCCAAAUUCCAGACCCUAAUAACCGUGAAGCAAGGCAGCAGCGUUUUGCUCACUUCACAGAACUUGCAAUUAUUUCUGUGCAAGAGAUUGUGGACUUUGCCAAGCAACUACCUGGCUUCCUGGAGCUCACUAGGGAAGAUCAGAUCGCUUUAUUGAAGACGUCUACCAUAGAGGUGAUGUUGUUGGAGACAUCUCGGCGCUAUAAUCCAGAGAUUGAGAGCAUCACCUUUCUUAAGGACCUGAGCUAUAAUCGGGAUGACUUCGCCAAAGCAGGUCUGCAGUUUGAGUUCAUUAACCCCAUCUUUGAGUUCUCAAAGGGAAUGAAUGAGCUACAGCUGAACGAUGCCGAAUAUGCACUUUUAAUCGCCAUCAACAUUUUCUCUGCAGACCGACCGAAUGUGCAGGACCAGUCCCUGGUGGAGAGGCUGCAGCACACCUAUGUGGAAGCCCUUCAUUCUUACAUUUGUAUCAACAGACCAAAUGACCGCCUGAUGUUUCCACGGAUGUUAAUGAAGUUGGUCAGUCUUCGGACACUGAGCAGUGUCCACUCUGAACAGGUGUUUGCCCUUCGGCUGCAGGACAAGAAACUCCCUCCCCUGCUCUCAGAAAUCUGGGAUGUGCAUGAGUGACCGCAUGCUCCCAGGGCACUGACGUGCUGACAUAAUGCCAUCUCCCAGCCUUUGCUAAUGAGAAGCCAGCUUUCCCUCUCCAAAACACUGAACUCUGGGCUCAGCAGUGCAGGGAGUGAUGAUCCUGGGGUUUCAGUGUUGUCAUGAGACUAUUCAGGAGGCAGCUGGGGUAGAUCAGAUUGGGGGGGUUGGUUUUAAUGUAGUGCCCAUACCCCAAAGGAAUGACACAAAACAUCUGAACACAGUAGAAAUGAAGACCUUCCCCCAUCACGCACCUCUUCCUUCUGAGUCUUUCUCUUCUCUAAGCAUGUCUUGAGGGUUUGCCCAUUGAUACUCUCUCUUGUUGAUUAUGAAAAGGCAAUUGCAAGAAAUUGCCAAAUCCUCUCUAUUGAGAGUAACCCAGCUCAGAAGGCUUCUGCAGGGUCCCCAGUGUACCUGGAUCUGAGGAGCUCAGGGAAGUCAAUGUGGAUGUUCUAGGGGUUUCACUGGGUUUCCUAUAAAUGAAAUCUCUUGUAUGUGCUGCCCUUUACGAUUCCAAGAGAAGUAGCUUGUUAUUUCUGUAUUAUGAGACUUCAUCUCUAGAGCUGCCCUUUCAUUCUGGCCCUCCUUUGAAAAAGGAUUCCUCUAAUAUGUAGUGCCCUUCAUCUAACAGGGAGGUCCUCUGGAUAGGGAAUGUUUGUACAUCAGAAGGAUGUCAGGCAUAAAGUAGUGGACUAUUUUUUUACUGUAAUACAUGACAGUUUUAUCUCAUGGUGGUUCUCAGCCAGUUCACUCUACCUUCGAGUUGCUAACAGCUGGAAAACUGUAGUUCCACACAAAUCAGGGCAUAGAUUUUACCUUUAGGGGUGGAAUAGAAGAAAGAUAGGUGGGAAGAACUGGUACCUAGGCAAGGUAGGUGUGGUGGAAGGAUCCUAAAAACUUCCAAGAAUUUGGAGCAUGUGGCAUGUGUUCCAAGGUAGGUGUGAAGAUGUAUCAGCCAAGGAGAGAGGACACACUGCAUUUGGUGAAAUACGUGGGCAUUGCAUAAACUGUGGGCUGCACAACUUCCAGAUCAUGGGCUGCAAGAAUAUUGGGUGUAACCAGAUCUGUCUUCUUGCUUUUGCCAAAGUCUUUCCAAGGUACUUGCUCAAGGUUUUAGUGAUGGUCAUGGGACUUGAAGGUCCCUCCUGUAUGAGGAGUGCCAACUGCUUUAGAAGGACACUUGGGUCUCGUAUCCUUUCUUCACUCUGGGCACUGUGAGAUCCACACUGGAUUUAUGUCCCAAGUUCAUAAGUAUCCACAUUCAUAAGUAUUCUAGGAUUUACACCAAUAUUUUGUUUGCCAUAAGAGAAAUAAUACUCUUGUAAAACCCAUUCCUUCUUUUCUAAGAAACAACACCUUAUGGCUGAUCUCAAGAGAUGUAACCUUUAGUAUCCUGGUAGCUUGGUCUCAUGAGUCUUCUCUGUGAUAGGGGUCUAUGUUUGCUUGCCCGGUGAGCAUCCCAAGAACCGAGGUUCACAUGGCUCAUUUUUUGUUUGUUUGUUUGUUUUUUGGUUGGUUUAUUAUUUUUUUGGCUGUGUAUCUGAGCGCUAUGCCCGUGGUGAGGGUAUCGUGUCCAUUUUGCACUUGAGGUUGGUCCCCUGCCACUGGCCUUCACUCUGCACCUUUGUAAAGCAUUUGUAACAAUCUGUAAAAUAAUCUGUUGUUUUUUAUAACUCGUUGCAAUUGCAGAAAUUCUUGUUUAAAUCUGUAUUUUUAACUAAUCUGUUUGAGAAAUGUUAAUGUUUAUAUAAAAGAAUAAAGCCUAAUACAGGAUUUUGACAUUC